CCUUUCUCCAAAGAAUGACGGGGCUCUGGUGGCAUCUUUGGUAAUAGGGGAAGGUGUACUGAAUCCUGUGCUUUACGACAUGUACAAAGAAACUAGUCUAUCUUAUCGUCUUAUCGCCUUAUCUGACGGCACAUUAUGGGUCUUUACGUACUCCAUGUCGAGAGUUAAACAAUUGGAUGCAUAUCAUUAAACCUUCAACCUCGAAUUUGCGCAAACCGGCUCAACCUAGACCGGUGUAUAUUUAAGUCAUCCGCUGGUACGGAUCCUUCGGAAUCAGGCCACCGGAAUUCAAGAUCUAGGCAGCCAAUUCGCCUGCAAAAUCCGACUUCAACAUGGCAGACAGAUCUAUGCCCUCGUCUUUCGACGAUGACAGAGAACAUAAUGAAACAGGGUUCCAGAAGGUCGGCCGCAAACUGCGAGAGGAGCCUCUAAUCCCGCUCGGAACCCUCCUAACUACCUUCGCCCUAUACAACGCCUGGCGCGCCAUGCGCCGCGGCGACCACGCCCAAGUGCAACGGAUGUUCCGGGCGCGCAUCGGCGCGCAAGCCUUCACAGUCAUGGCCAUGGUCGCGGGAGGCGCCUACUACGGCGCCGACCGGGAUAAGCGCAAAGAACUAAUUAAACUCGAGGCGCAGCAGCGCGCCGAGGAGCGCCACCAAAAGUGGCUGAAGGAGCUUGAGGUCCGCGACGAGGAGGACAAGCAGUUGAAGGCGGCAAUGAAGCGCCGGCAGGACCGCGUACAGAAGCGGCGGGCGGAGGAGCGGGAGCGGGUUACUGUGGAGGAAGGGAAGGUGGGUGAGGGGGUUGGAGGAGAGGGGGAGAAAAAGGAGAAGAAGGAUGAAGGGUCGAAUGUGCUAGGUGCUCUGUCGAGUGCUGGUGGUUGGUUUGGGACGAAGAAAAGCGAGAAUCCGACGACAUCUGAGCAAAGUAAGGCCCAAGAGGGAGGCUCGGAAAAGAAAGCCUAAAUGGGAACCGCCGGGCUGUGGCAUGCAUUGUGAAAUUUGCAAGUGUCUAUUCUCGGUUUCGGUUCUAAAGGAAAUAUUUUGGACUAAACCGGAUCAGGACCGGAAGUCUAGGGAAGAGUAUAUCUAAGGGCAAAGGAUUGAAAAAUCAUAUGGGUAGGUCAUCCGAAAGGAACCUACGCAUACACUAAACCAUUGUAUAUAUUAGCUAGCAUCACGUCUCAUUGUAUAAACGGCGACCCUGGAAAGGGUUGUGCAAUAAACAUAAAAUCUGGAUUUGCUUAUCGC